UUAAUUGUUCCCGAAGGCUCUCCAUCAUUAACCAGCAGUAAUAGACCAGUAAAAAGAACGAUCCGUUUCGUUUUUAAAGUCCUCUCAGUGACCCAAGACAAUACAACAAAUAAAAAUAAAACAAAGAAAAUUUCCACGAAGUAUUCAAGUGGAACAAAAAUAUUGAACAACAUAAUCCAAUGAACACGCUCCACACGAAUUUCUUUCAGUAAUUUUGUUGGACUUGUGUAAUGAUGUCCCAGUGUUACACGGCGUGACGUAACUGUGAUAUUUACUACAAAACUACUGCAAUGGAAAAAAUCCUAAUUUUUACUUUUAUAACGCUCUCCGGCUUCGCUCACGCUCGCAUAUCAGUGAUGUAUGCCCACGACAAGUUAAGUGAUUUAGUUGCACAGCAGUGUCUAUCAGAAAUGUACCCUAAGAACAAGCGCAUCGAAAUCCAGGAAUCAGAUGAACCCUGCAUUAUAUUUUGCGUCCUCAAAAAAUUUGGCAUUAUUAGUGCAUCUGGUGUUAUCAAUCUGGAUAUUUAUAGAAAACGAGUUCAAAUCGCUCACCAACUAGAUCAAAAGACCUCAAUCAUGGACUACGGAGGUUCCUGCAUGGAGAACGCAGAAGCAACUCAACAUAAACAAGACGUUUGUAAAAAAGCCAAGGUCUUCAACGACUGCACACAUUUAUACAGAAUUCUACUAAUGUAACUAAUUCAGUUCCCCAUCCGCCAUUACUUUAUAAAAAAAGACGACCCAUUUACUAUUUUCACCCGAGAUUUUGUGUCCAUUAAUUAAUUAGAUUGUUGAUCCUUACCUCUCUUUGAUGUCCCCAGCAAAAACUGCGUUUAAUUAACCACCAACCUAAUUCACUUGAAUCAAGGUUUCGUUGAUAAAUAUUAAAACGAAGUUCUAAACACAUUUGUUCUAAUAAAAAUGAUUUUGUAUGAAACUGUCAA